UGUAAGAUCUUAACCAUUGAUUUCCCAACUCAAAGGUCAAACCGGAGAUGAGGAGAAACCGAACCGUAAUGUCGUACCGGCUCAGCGCUCUGCAAUGUUCUUCACCUACCCUCGGAAGAAAAUGCUCUGUUCGUCGCAGCUCUUUCAGCCCAUUAACGGGCUCAAGGAUAUCGUGGAGACACAACCUUUUAAGGCCUGGUUCUUAGAUCAAUAUGGAGUCCUUCACGAUGGCAAGCAACCUUACCCUGGUGCGAUCUCAACAUUAGAAAAGCUUGCAACGACCGGUGCCAAAAUGGUGGUAAUAAGUAAUUCAUCGAGACGUGCUUCAUUUACAAUGGAAAAGUUGAGAAACUUGGGAUUUGAUCCGUCUCUCUUCACGGGAGCUAUAACUAGUGGUGAACUAACCUAUCAAUAUUUGCAGAGGAGAGAUGAUCCUUGGUUUGCUGCACUAGGCCGGCGUUGUGUUCACAUGACAUGGAAGGACAGAGGAGCAAUCUCUUUGGAUGGUCUUGAUCUAGAAGUUGUGGAGAAUGUGGAAGAAGCUGACUUUGUUUUAGUCCAUGGCACCGAGGCCAUGGGACUUCCUUCUGGUACGGUAUCUCCAAUGCCUCUUGAGGAGCUUGAGAAGAUUCUGGAGAAAACUGCUGCUCGAGGGAUCCCCAUGAUUGUCGCCAAUCCAGAUUACGUGACUGUUGAAGCUAGAGUUUUUCAUAUCAUGCCAGGUACACUUGGAGCUAAGUAUCAAGAACUCGGUGGAGAAGUGAAAUGGAUGGGAAAACCUGGAAAGAUAAUAUAUGAAUCAGCUGUGGAGAUUGCUGGAAUUGAUGCAUCAGAGUCCAUUGCAGUGGGAGAUUCCCUUCAUCAUGAUGUAAAGGGUGCAAAUGCUUCUGGAAUUCAAUCAAUAUUCAUCACUGGAGGAAUUCAUAUUGAAGAGCUUGGGCUUAGUUCCUUUGCAGAAACUGCAAGCAUAGAAUCUGUCAAGUCCCUUGCUUCUAAAUACAAUGCGAACCCAACAUAUGUUUUGCCUGCAUUCAGAUGGUAGGUAUACAAGAUUCCCCUUACAAACCAUGAUUCUGUUUCAUUGAGACCAGAGAUCUUGCUCUGUCUGAAAAAUUCUUGAAGAGAAUAAUGAGAUGGGAAUGCAUUGUAUUGCA